ACCACUUUGGGGACCAGCGAGGAACGGAGUGGCUUUGAAAGUAGCAUCGAGCGAAGUCUGUUAGCUUGUUGUUUUACAGUGGACUUUGUAUAUGUCUGCUGGCAACAAACAGCUGUCCUCCGCCUUACAACAAUGAACUUUGCAUCUGUUGUUCAUUCACACGGACGGAAACGUGAUUAAGAAUAGGAAAGAAGACAGUCUCUUGUCGGUCUCUUCAAAUUAUGGCUGGGGUUGUGGCUAUGGCAUCUGUCAUUGAGGACUUUGACACCCAGCCUUGCAAGAAAUCUCGCAAAGAUGGUGGCAGUCCUGUUGUCAAGACAAUUACAAACUAUUUCUCUCCUGUGCCCAAGCCUGUGGAGAAACCCUUCUCUCCUCCUCGCUCUAACAACAUUAGGGACUACUUUAGCCAAAAGUCUCAGUCCUCUAAAACAAAGACCAGCCCACCAAAACAGUCUAAAGAGAACUGUCUGAAGUCCCUGUCUGCAGAAAAACACACCAGCCCAGAGCCUGCAGUGAAACAGCCAUCUCAGAAACGGAGAAAAAAGGCCACCAAAGCUGCAAGGAAACUUCUGGAGGCUGAAACCGUGAUCCCCGCUGAGGAGACAAGCUGCCUGAUUGUAGAAGAAUCACAUGAAAGCAGAGACCCUCCAGCAGAAGCAGCCAGCAGCUGUGGUAUUCUUGGCAGCGAUACAGCAGCUCUGCUGGCCCAGCUUAGUGCUGAGGCUUUUGCCACUACUGUGAAAUCAGAAAGUAAGUCCACUGUAAAUGUUGAAGAAGAACUCAAUGAUGAUGGUUCCAAAUGUGGAAACCAUGUCAAACCUGAACCAGAACUGAGCAGUCUUGCCUUAUCUCCAGUUGUACCUUCAAAUGACAAAUCUAAACGGCCCAAAACUGCUGCACGAAAUUCUAAGAAGAGUCAACAACAGGAGGCAAAGCAUUCAGAACCAGAGGAGAAAGAGGCAGAAAAUUCCUUGUGUGAUGUUAGCAUGGAAGUUAAUGUGGGUGAGGCCUCUCAAUUAAACAACAGCACGGUCACUAUCUCCUUUGAGGAGUUUGUGCGGAGUCAGAGCCAAGAUGAGACAGACGAAGACAUAGAAGAUGAGCAGGGUAAAGGGGAUGAAAGUAAAAUCAGAACAGAGGCAGAAGAAAUGGACACUGAGCAGUUAGACAUCCAUAAAGCGGAGGAGAAUGUGGGAUCUGGGGAGCCAUUUCAAGUCUCACCCCGAACCGUCACCAUACAGGCUGAAGUGCAUGUAGUCUCACCCAAACAGGAAGCAGUCAAGCCUGUGGGAAAGGUAGCCUCUAUCUUCAACAGGAAGAGAGGGGCGAUGAGCUCAGCAGAGGUAACAUUGCACCCUCACACAGAGGCUGGACAACAACUUCCAACUACCUCUUUGACUGUCAAACGGAAAUCAAAUGUGGUUCUGCAAGAGGAGGAUCUAGAGCUGGCAGUGAUUGAGAGUGAAUCCACGCCCAAGUGUAGUGAGGUAGAGAAGAAGCAGUUCAUGGCUGCCUUCAAACAGCCCAGCCUGGAUGGGUCCAAAACCAAGCCUGGUAAGAGUCAGGGAAAGCAGAGGCAACCUGGAGACAAGACUGUGGAUGCUACAGACAAAGUUGCUGAAGAGGACACUGUAAGUCCACCUUCUGUUGAGCAAGUUCCUGCUGCCCCUCAGGAAAAGAAAACAGCGAAAAAAAGCAGAAAGAAGCCUGAAGCAGAGAAGGAGGCAGUCACCACCUCACCUGCUGUUGCUGCUCCUCCUACAGAAGAAAUUGUGGCCACCAACACUGAAGUUGAUGAUAAAAAAGACGAGUCUCCGAUUACCUCAACUCCCUCCAUCCCAGCUGUGAGGAGGUCCAGAAGAGAGGCUGUGGUCAGGCAAGCCCCUAAAGCCACGCCAGCAACACCUGUUAAGAACACUAGGAAACAGGACAGGUUAAAGGAUGCUGCCGCUUCACCUCAGGACACCCCUGUAAAGAUGUCCACCCGGAAGACACGCAAGUCCAAACAUGGAGUCUUUGUAGCACAGAUGGUGUGCCCACCUGACAAAAAAGAAAGUCCCAUCAGGAUUAAAUUUACUAGAGUGUCCAAGAAUGGAAGUGGCAUGAACUCUCCUUUGGCUCCUCAUACAUCAAAUGACUCUAAAAAAAGGAAGCGGGCAAAGAAGUUGGUGGAGAAAGCCAUAGCGAUCCAGAAGAGUAAGAUAAGUGCUGUUGAGGUGAAGAGCACCUUGAGGCGUUCGUCACGAUCUGAGGCUUCCUUCACGAAGAGUUACUGCGAAGAUGAGGAUUCUGUCAUCUGCCUGGAAGAGGACCAGACCCCUCAGAUGGUAUCAGAAAAGAGUAAAUCCAAGAAACAUUUACGCAGUCUUAAUGAUGUGCUGGGCAAACCAACACCUGUUGGCAAAGAGACCAAGGCACCCCCAGGCUCCAAAGUGGCAUCACUCGGCCAAGAGAAGACUCGGAGGGGGCCAGCAGUGGUGUCCAUCUUUGACGAGAGCAGCCGCGAGGGCUCUGAAAACUCCCAGGAUGAUGAGCAGUUCAGGGCUCGCAGGGAGUUCCUGAAGAGCGGACUGCCAGAGUCCUUCAGGAAGCAGAUAGCCAAGACUGCCGCCACCAAGGAGGCAUACACCCUCUCCUGUUCCUCCUUCCAAUCAGUUCUACACAUGAGGCAACCACCAAAUGAUUGCCCUCUAUGGAGUCUUCCAUGGCCCGACUCUUCAUUACUACGUCAUCUGAGAGAGCUCUGCAGCCAAACAUCCAACCCACCUCUAUCUGUUAGCGGCUACUUUGGUUUGAAGACAAAACCAGCCCCAGGAACCUUUUGUGAAAGGGGUUCUGGCUGGAGGCCUGAGAUCUCUGAAAGUGUUCGCCAGCUUCUAAUGGAGGAGGUCAGCACAUCCAACCCUUCCUUCCCUCUUCAGAUGUUCAUCACGCGCUUCUUGAAGAGACGUACUGAUCACCAGCAACACUGUACAGCCUCAGAGGCUGCAACCAGAGUCACAAGCACCCUGCUGUCAGCUGAAUCAGUAGGAGGGAAGAGGAAGAGGAUGGACGAUGAUGGAGAAACGACAGUGAAAGUGGCUAAGAAGCAGCGGGCUAACCGUUCAGAAAAGAAUAUCUCCACGUCUGAAGUAGAGCCAACAAAACGGGGCGGGCGUACGAGACGAAGCAAGAGAACCGAGCUAGAGGAGGAAAAGGAGAAGUCUGAGCCCUUGCACAAAACUGCUCCCGACCUGUCUCAAGACGACUCUGUAGUUGUGCUGGAUGACUUGCUUUCAGGGGAGGACACUGUGAUAAAAGAUGUCAUGAAGGAGGACUUGUUGUGGACGGACAAAUAUCAGCCCCAGCACUCCAGUGACAUCAUAGGCAACACCGCCUCAGUUAGGAGGCUGCACAGUUGGCUGAAGGAAUGGAAACUCCGUGCAGACAGAGAAGAGAGAAAUAAGCAGAAAGAUAAGAAACAAGAGGAAGGCAGCAAUGACUCUGACUGGGACUGUGGAGAAGAGGACUCCCAGGAUGGAGAGGACACAUUGUGUAAUACAAUACUUAUCACAGGACCCACUGGAGUAGGAAAGACUGCUGCAGUCUAUGCUUGUGCCCAGGAGCUCGGCUUCAAGGUAUUUGAGGUGAAUGCUUCAUCUCAGCGGAGUGGCCGUCUCAUUCUGUCCCAGCUGAAGGAAGCCACUCAGUCGCACCAGGUGGACAGUCAGGGAGUCAACGCCCACAAACCCACCUACUUCAACAGCUACAGCAGCGCUGGCCCUGUCAGGCCUGGAUCCUCUCCCAGGAAGGUCAACUCUCCUCGCGGGGUGGUUUCCUCUCCCAGGAAACAUCCCCAGUCGCCAAGAGGUGCCAAAAGAGGAAGCCUGGCCCCUACCUCUUUAGCUAACUUCUUCAAAAUGGGCCGACCCACCAACAAGGAGCCACCAAAUGCCAAAAAGAAUGAACAAAAGACUGCUUCCAAGAAAGUCAUGAAAGCAAAUGAAGGUACCAAUAAGGAUAAAGAUGCCACAGUCAAAUCACCAGCAGGUGCCACAGCUAAGGAGAAGAACAAUCAAGAACUGAACAAGAAGACGGCCACCUCGCUCAUCCUGUUUGAAGAAGUGGAUGUUAUUUUUGACGAUGACUCAGGGUUUUUAGCUGCCAUAAAGACAUUCAUGACCACGACCAAGAGGCCAGUCAUCCUCACUACCAGCGAUCCUACGUUCAGCACCAUGUUUGAUGGCAACUUUGAGGAAAUCCAUUUCAAAACGCCCUCUCUGUUGGAUGCGGGCAGCUACCUGCGUCUGUUGUGUCUGACUGAGGACAUGAGGACAGAUCUAUCAGAUGUCAGCUCUCUGCUCAGAUUCAAUGGCUGUGACAUCAGGCAGAGCUUACUGCAGCUGCAGUGCUGGACUCGCAGCGCAGGGGGGCGCCAAAUGAUCAGGCCACUGGCACAUACUGGCAACAAUGAUGAACUAAAGUCAGAGACUCAUGGGGAGGCAGCAACGAAGUCUGUGUAUGCAGUGAUGGUCCCAUCCACUCUACCUCCCUGUGACACUGGCUGCACUGAGAGCAUGCUGGGACUGCAGAAUAUUGAACCUGAAAGAGACAUCUGGGAGCUGCUCAGGAGCCAGAGUCUGGUGGAGGAGGCGUCAUGCUGGGAACUGCUGAAGGAGAGCAGUCGACGAGGAGUGAACCUUCUCUAUUCCAACAUGGAAGCCCUCUUACCUUUACCCCUCACACAGAUGACUACUUUCACCCACACACCUGAGCAAGGUGUUUCAGUAUCACAAGACCAUUCUUCUGUUAAUACAAAAGAGCUGCCGUCCAUCAGCCUGCAGUCUGACACGCUGCCAUCUCACACCAGCUUAUUGAACACGGCAGAGUCAACUGAGUGCUCAGAUGAUGGCAGUCCAGUCAAAAUGUCCCACAGAAUGAGGAAGAGCAAGAAGAGGCACUGUCUACCUGACCAGGAUGGGCCGGACUCAGACUCAGACUCAGAGGAGAGUUUUCUGUCUCUCUGCAAGCCGCAGGGUGCCCCUGAAGCAAAGGAGGAAGUCAAAGAAAGUGUAGUUUCAGAGAAGGUGAAAAGGAAGCCGCUGACUCUUGAGGAGCGGGUAAAAAGUGUCCCAGUCUCUCAGUGUCUUGAAUCAUUAGCUGACUUUUUAGACAACGUAUCCUACAUGGACUCCUCCUUGCAUUAUCCACAAGGGGACGACAUUCACAGAAGAAUGUUACCAGCCUGUGCAGCAGUGAAAGAUGGGAUGACAGAGGAGGCGAGGGUGGAUACUGACAGAGGGAGCUGGGUGAGGGGUGAGCGCGACUUGGAGAUCCAGGCUGCUGUGGAGGCUCUGAGCUUCCACAAGUGUCGGGUUUCGGUAGCGGAGGCCUGGGACAAAGCUCAGCAACUAGAAGGGGAGCUGGGGAAGGAGACCGCAGCAGAACUGAGCCUCCCUGUGGCGCAUCAUAGAGAAGGUUACAGCUUGACUCAAGACAGCCCAUGUCAACCACAGCUGGUGCAGCGGAGGAGAGAAGUUAUGGAGAGUCUGAUGUUCAGAGGAGUGUUUGGUACUCUGGGUAACAGACCAGCAGCUGCUCUGGACUAUCUGCCAGCCCUGCGCACCAUCUGCAGGUCCGAGCAGCUGAAGGAGCAGGGCAAGAUUAAACGAAGGUUCCUGCACUACCUAGAUGCAAACCAUCUGGGUAUGGAAAAGAGCACUCUACAGCACCUCGCUGAGGACUUUCCCUAAAUCACAGAGAAAACAAGACGUGUCAUGAUCGCACAGAGGCUUUAAACAAAUAUAGCCCUUUGAGUGGUAUCACUUUUUCAGUUUGUGUUGUGGUGUCAGGGGCUUAAGUACAGACAAUCUGGCAACAAUAUAAAUCAGUGGUGCUUGUUGUCUCUGUGAUGCUGAACUCUGCAUGAGAUGAGGUGGUUAGCUGGUCAGUAGAUGGUUGGUUGGGGGUGUGUGUGUGUGUGCUUGAGAGAGUGUGAGAGUGAGUGAGUGAGACUGUCCAGUGAAGUUUUCAUGCAUGUAAGAUGGAAAUAAAUUCACUGAAUGCAAGAAAAUUUAUUCUGACCUGAAGGGCACAUAACUAACUAACCUCACAUCCCACAUGGGCCUGUCACAUCUUUUGGUGCUUUCAAAGAAUGCACUAAAUAUUAAUACUUUAUCUGAUUUUUUAUUUUGUUUUGUAAUAUUAAGCCAUGUUGGAGUGUGUGUUUUUUGUACAGUAGUGUUUUAAACUUUUGUAGCCUCAUUUAUCAAUUUGCUUUGCAUUUUGCAAAGUGUUUUUAUCAAGUAGAAAUAGUUUUGAAGUAUCAGUAAUAAUUUGUAAUGUAAAAUAAAUUUGUAAAGGCUGUGUGUAAAUUGUCACUAUCCACACAAAACUGUUGAUGCAUUCAAAAUCUUGGUUCUUGUUAAUUUUCAUAAAAAGCAGGAAGCUUUUGACAAAGUUGUACUGUAUUUGUCAGCCCUAAAUGUCACUUUCACAUUCACUGCAGUGAUUUCUUUUUUUUUUAAAGUUUAUGUUGUUUUUUCAACCUUAAGUUUGUAAACAUUCACA